GCACUGCCAUUUAAAAUUAAAUUUUGGAUUUAACAGCUAUGUUAAAAUGAGCUUUCCAAGGAGCUGCUGAAAAUGGCUGAAAACGGAGAUGGCGAAAACAUGUCUAUUUUGGAAAGCAAAAUCUGUCAGCAAAUUGAGUACUAUUUUGGCAAUCACAAUCUACCAAGAGACAAGUUCUUGAAGGAACAGAUCAAACAAGAUGAUGGUUGGGUGCCUUUAGAAGUAAUGAUCAAAUUCAACAGGUUAAGUCGCCUUUCAAAAGAUUUUAGUGUUAUUGUAGAAGCACUAAGGAAAUCCAAGACUGGUCUAAUGGAAAUAAAUGAAGACAAAACUAAAAUCAGAAGAUCUCCAAACAAACCUCUUCCUGAAUUAAAUGACCAGUACAAGGCUGCAAUUAAAAACAGAUCUGUAUAUGUUAAAGGCUUUCCACUAGAUGCAACUCUUGAUGAUAUCAAAGAAUGGCUUGAGGAUAAAGGUCCAGUUGAAAACAUUCAAAUGAGGAGAACAUUGCAGAGAACAUUUAAGGGCUCAAUAUUUGCAGUUUUUGAUAGUGUUGAAUCUGCUAAGAAGUUUACAGAGAUCCCAAACCAAAAGUACAAAGACACAGACCUGAUAGUACUUUUCAAGGAGGAAUAUUGUACAAAGAAGAAUGAAGAAAGGAGACAAAAUAAAGUAGAAGCUAAAGCGAGAGCUAAACAGGAAAAAGAAGAAAAACAGAAACAAGCAGCAGAUGCUGAAAUGAAGUCUCUGGAAGAAAAGACAGGAUGUCUUUUGAAGUUUUCUGGUGAUCUAGAUGAUCAAACAUGCAGAGAAGAUCUCCAUGAAGUAUUUUCUGAUCAUGGAGAAAUCAAAUGGAUACACUUUGUCAGAGGUGCAAAGGAGGGAAUUAUCCUAUUUAAGGAUAUCGCAAAAGAAGCUCUGGAAAAAGCCAAAGCAGAACAUAAUGGCAACUUACAGCUUCGGAACAAGGAUGUUACAUGGGAAGUGCUAGAAGGAGAUGCAGAAAAAGAAGCUCUGAAAAAAAUAUUGGAAGAUACAAGACAAAUGAUAAAAAGUUCCUGAUGUCUUACAUUCAUAGGACGCAAAAUGAAAGGAAAAGGAAGAGGGGGAAAGAUACCUCAAGGUGGACACAAAGGGAAAGUACAGUUUCAGGGCAAGAAAAUAAAGUUUGAGAAUGAAGAAGAUGGCGGCGAAGAUGAUACUAAAACAGAACCUACAAGUCCCAAAAAGAGACCACUAGAUGAAACAGAAAAAGAAGAACCUGCACCAAAACAACUGAAAACAGAAAAUGGAGAUGGAGAUCAGUAA